AUGGCUCCAUUCUUCCAGCUGGCCGUGAGGCGCUAUGUAGUUGCUCAGAGCUUCCAGGGUGCAAAGACACCGCAAUUUGCUGCGUUCUUGGCCGCUGUGCGGCGUGCGCAAGAACAGUGGCCGCAGCCGGCAGGCACCUGGAACGGGGAUGCGCCCUCUUGGGUAGUGCCACCGUCCUACCUGGAAGCGGCGCCAGAGUUCCUCGCCUCCGUGCGCGCAAUGUCCAGAUCGCUUUGCAGGCGGCAAACCAAAGCCCUUCAGGCUGUCAUGGACCGAGCCGAGCAGCUCGCAGGUCCCUAG